ACGACUGCGCGCCGCCAGUGAGCCAAUCAGAUUCGCCCCACCUCCGAACGGGCCUUCAAAUCUCCGACUUGUUUCCACUUUCGACUCAUCGCAAGCAACCCCACGUUAUACGACUCGACUCAACUCCCAAUACCAGACCGCUGCACAUUCGCAAAUAUGCCAGGAACACGGGGCCCAGUCCCAGUGCCGCUCGAAACAAAAGGCCAAAACCUCACCCAGGACAUCCUCGACCUUCUCGACACAAAAGAGCCCCUCCGCACCGAUGAAGACUUCCCCGCAAUCUCCCAGGCCGAAAUCAAGGCCGCACUCGACAGGCUAGCCAGCAGAUCCAUGGUCGAAUACAAAUCACUAGACUCGGAAAAGGUCGUCCUCACUCCCGAAUCCGAGGGCAUAGUCGCAGAGGGAAGCCACGAGUUCAAGGUUUGGAAGUUGGUCAAAGAGAGGGGCAGCGUCCCAAUUGCUGAACUACCGACCAUCUUUGGCAAAGAAGUCGCUAGCGUUGGACAGGGCAAUGGCUUCAAGAACAAGUGGAUCAAGAAAGACGGAGACAACCUAGUCCUCAUCCAGACCGACGAGCCCGCAGACACCACCCGCCAAUUACUGCAGGCCAUCAAAGACACACAGUCACUCGAUGACGCGAAGCUCCUUGCCCAGCUGAAGAAGAAGAAGCUCGUGACUGUUACCAAGGUCAUUACAUACACCAUCACAAAGGGUCCCAAGUAUGCAAAGGAGAUUCCCGUAGAGCACACCGACCUGACGGCCGAGCUGCUUACAAACGACGCGUGGAAGACUGCAAACUUCAAACCAUACAACUUUGCUGCACUCGGAGCAAACCAAGAUGCGGGCGCAUUGCAUCCUUUGAACAAGGUCAGACAGGAGUUCCGCAAUAUUUUCUUCUCACAAGGUUUCGUCGAGAUGCCAACAGGACACUUCGUCGAUACAGGCUUCUGGAACUUUGACGCCCUUUUCGUACCACAGCAACAUCCUGCGCGUGACAUGCAAGACACCUUCUUCGUCUCAUAUCCACCAAAAGCCGACAAGCCGCGGUUAGACCCUGCAAACGAAGCAACCAUGGAACGCAUGGAGGCCGGAUCGAAACGUCUCUUUUCCACACCAGAGAGCGAGAAGCGAGAAAAGAAGGCACGAGACUUUGAGCAGUACUGGCAAGAUGUCAAGAAGGUGCAUCAAGAAGGUGCUUUUGGCUCAAUAGGAUACCGAUACCCAUGGGAAGAAGAUGAAUCCCUCCGCCUUGUCCUCCGCACACAUACCACUGCAGUCUCGACUUGGGCCCUCCACCGCCUUGCAGAAGACCCCCGUCCUGCGCGCUACUUCUCCAUUGAUCGUGUCUUCCGUAACGAAACCGUCGAUGCUACCCACUUGGCCGAGUUCCACCAGAUUGAAGGUGUCAUUGCCGACUUUGGUCUCACUCUUGGUGGCCUCCAACGUUUCCUCGAGGACUUUUUUGGCAACAUGGGCAUCACCAAUCUGCGCUUCAAGCCCGCCUACAACCCCUACACUGAGCCUUCUAUGGAGGUCUUCGGCUACCACGCUGGUCUGAAGAAGUGGCUCGAGAUUGGAAACUCGGGCAUGUUCAGGCCCGAGAUGUUGGAACCUAUGGGCCUGCCCAAGGAUAUGCGCGUGUACGGAUUCGGACUUUCGCUUGAGAGGCCGACCAUGAUGAAGUAUGGUGUCAGUAAUAUCAGAGAGCUGUUGGGUCACAAGGUUGAUUUGAGCUGGAUUCGGGAACAGCCAGCUGUGCGCUUUGACAAGGAUUAGGGCGUGGACAAGAUGGACCCUUUGUUUGAUUUGUUACGAUAGGACACGGACAUGGCCUACGCUACGGAGCUGUGAUUUCAGUCUACCCUGGAAAUGAUAUCCAAAAGAGGCGCCGAGCGCUCUAAAAUGAAAACUAGACUAUUCUCUCUACUGUUUCGUUGUUCCGUAAAAUCAGUAGCGUCUUGAUACUGGGGAUAGUUUUUCUUGGUUAGGUGGUAGUCAUUUCAGACUUGUGGCCCUGCAUUUGUCCUCGAUUUGCCCUGCGGCCGUGUCCGCUGCUUUUUGUUGCUUUUGUGUACGUCGUGAGCUCUUCCCGCGCGGCGUCAACCCCGAUAUAUAUGCGUCAUUCGGUCGUCCAAAAUCUCUCAAUCCUUCUCCAAGCUCACCCUAACGUCCUCGUCAAUCCUCCUAUUUCUCGCCCCCCUAUAAAUCCAACUCUCACUCUCCUUUCCCCCGCCCCACCUCGCC